AAUAGCAAAAAAGAAGUAAGCAACAGGGUUUAUAAGUUUCCGGUGAGCAAAUCGUGGCUGGCGUGAGUGUUGUCCGAACACAAGAACACAAAAAAAGCAGCGUUCUUUUGUAGACACGCAAUUGGUGGUAUCUUCCGGCAAUCCUAUCGGUGUGCGCACCGGAUAGCUUCCGUGGCCGGCGACCGACACGUGGCGAAGAGCCUUUAGGCCCAAGCCUCGCAUUGGACAGAGACGCAGUCGCAAUUAAAACCAAUAAAAUAAAUGAAUAAACAAAUGCUUUGUGCAGAAGCCAAGCGAGGAACCGGCGAAUAAACAAACUAACUGUUAUCUAAGCGCAUUGCGCUCCUCACAACCAUAGAGUUCUGUCCAAUUCAAUGAACGGCUGCGAGGAGAGAGAAACUACAGCGUUCCGAGCUCUGGCGAAUCGGUGCCGGAGCCUCGAGGAGAAGCAGGCCAAGCUGAAGGAGGAAUUCGAUGAGCUACUGCAGAAGAAGCUCACAGUCAGGCACGAUAACGAUAGCGAGAACAAUAACGAGGUCAUUGCUGAUUCAACAACCCUCGGUUUUCUCUCCGGUUACUUCUUCUCCGGAAGUCCUUACGCAACCCUGCUGAAAUGUAUGGGCCACGCCGUUCACGUCGUCAGAGUUCCCUCCGCUGAGAUCGUGUACUGGAAUCACACGGCCGAAACUCUGUAUGGAUGGAAAGACUACGAAAUCAUUGGCCAAAGAGUAACUAAAAUCCUAACUGCUCAGGAAAAUUAUGUAUCUCUACAAAAAAUUCUGGAAAGGGUGGUUUCAGGAGUUCCAUGGUCUGGGAAGUUUCCUUUCAAAAAGAAAUCUGGUGAAGUAAUUAUGGCAUUGGUAACAAAAACUCCUCUUUAUGAGGAUGGUGAGCUAACUGGUGUUAUAACUGUUUCAAGUGAUGCGGCUAUAUUAAAAUGUACAAAUUCAGAAAAUCAAACAUACAAAUCUGCUAACAAUGGCCAACCUGGAGUACAGAGGUUAAACUUUAAAAGAAUUCAGUGGCCUCCACGACCAACGAUUGCACCAAUGCCACAGAUUGCUUCAUCUGUUUCCAAUCUGGCAUCAAAGCUUCUCCCACUGCUGCGUAGUACUGAUGGCACAGUUUCCAAGAAGACUUCAACGGAUGCUGUCGCAGGUGAUGAAAAGCUAGAGAAGCGUGGCAUAUAUGAAACAAAACCUAAUUCCAGACAUUUCCGUAAAGAAAACACAAUUGUUAUGGAGGCCUCUGAGGAGAAUGAGUCUACUGCAGAAUUUGGCCAACCUUCUAAAAUUGCAGCCAAGCUUCAAACUGGGGUACGUGCAAAAUAUGGGAAGGAUAAUGGAAAAAUGAAAAAUAAUUGUGCAGAUGAUAAUUCAGGAAGCAAUAGAAUGAAUUAUGAAAAUGAUUCAUCUGGAGGUUUAGUUCCAUUAAAAGGAUACCAGGAUGUUGUUAAUGGAGCAGAUAAAGAACAAAAUCUUCAGAAACGUAAUUCUUCAGUUGCAAUGAAGAGAGCGGAAAUAACAGCGUGUGCAUCUAGAGCUUCCACUGUUUCCAAAGAUUAUUCUGAGGCUACGACUAUGGUGACAGGAGAUGAAGUACAAAAGCAGCAAGAAGUGUCGCAACUGCCAACUUCGAGGCAGAGUACAGGCAGCCACGAAAGAUUGUCGGGCAAAGGGGAUUAUGAGUCAAACUCUGUUUCAGAGUGUGAAAUCCAUUGGGAAGACCUUCAAUUAAGAGAGGAGAUUGGACAAGGUUCUUAUGCAACUGUUUAUCAUGGAAUUUGGAAUGGAUCGGAUGUUGCAGUCAAGGUUUAUUUUGGGAACGGAUACACAGAGGAGACUUUACAAGACUACAGAAAAGAGAUUGAUAUAAUGAAGAGAUUGAGACACCCUAAUGUACUACUUUUCAUGGGAGCAGUAUAUUCACAGGAAAGGCUUGCCAUUGUUACAGAGUUAUUACCUAGGGGAAGUCUUUUCAAAAAUCUACAUAGGAACAAUCAGACAUUAGACAUCAGAAGACGUCUAAGGGUGGCUCUUGAUGUUGCUAGAGGAAUGAAUUAUCUUCAUCACAGAAAUCCACCAAUUGUGCAUCGAGAUCUGAAGUCUUCCAACCUGCUUGUAGAUAAAAACUGGACUGUUAAGGUUGGAGAUUUUGGCCUGUCUAGGUUGAAGGAUGCAACUUUAUUAAAUACGAAAUCUGGGAGAGGCACCCCUCAAUGGAUGGCCCCUGAAGUCCUUAGAAAUGAACCUUCCAAUGAGAAGUCUGAUGUAUUCAGUUUUGGUGUCAUCCUCUGGGAACUAAUGACUCAAUCUAUUCCCUGGAAAAAUUUGAAUUCCUUACAGGUUGUUGGAGUCGUAGGCUUUAUGGACAGACGACUGGACCUUCCAGAGGACCUUGAUCCCCAUUUUGCGUCAAUCAUCGAUGAUUGCUGGCAAAGUGAUCCAGAGCGACGCCCAUCAUUUGAAGAGCUGAUCCAGAGAACGUUGUUCCUUGUCAACAGAGUAACAGCAGUGUCAAUUAGGAGAAUUGCAGAAUCCUAAACGUGUUAUAUGGUUUGGGUUUUGUUUUCUCAAAAUGUGUUUGUUAAAAACAGAUUAUGAGAAGCACAAACCAACAUAUUGAGUGGCAACUGGCAACCCUUAGAACAUUCUUCCUUCCGAAAGUAGAAAGAACAACUCGAGAGAGACAAACCGAAGGUGGGGAGUAGGCGAUAAAAAUGCUUGUAAUUUUGUUUGGAGUCUUUGUAUAUAGAUAUUAUUCACGUGUUUUUCUU